UAAUUUGAAUUCUUCUUUGAACGUAGAGACAUCUAUAAUGAAAGAUUUCACAUUUGGAUUACAAAACUCAUUUGACAUUGGACUGCCAUCGUUCCCGCUCACCUCUACGACGGUGAGUCCUUGUUACACGGAAGAGAGAAUGAACUUGUGCCACACAUUUUGUGCAUUAAUGAAACGGACGCGUGCCUCAAAUGUGCAGCGUCCUUCUACAAAUUAUAUUUACAACCAUCUACUGAAAAAGAAAAAGAAUGGAUUGGAAUCCUGUACCUCCGUAAGAUUUGAACAACAAGUAUCUGUUGUUCUCAAUGUCAAGGUCGAAAUGCGCCUGUUGGUUCUUUUCUGCUACAGGCUGGCUGAAUGCUUGAUCACCAAGUUCUUAUCAAACCCGGGGUCCAGUUUCUCCAAUCCAACUUCCCAAUAGAUUUGUUUCUAAAGGUGGCUGUUGUUUCCGCGCAAACAAAAGCAAUUGCAGAUAAAGUAUCGAGCUGGGAGAACAUUGUUUUGGCUUAUGAGCCAGUUUGGGCCAUUGGAACUGGGAAGGCUGCAAGCCCUGCUCAGGCUCAGGAAGUCCAUUUUGAAUUGAGGAAAUGGCUUCAUGACAAUGUUGGUGCUGAAGUCGCCGCAUCAGCCAGAAUCAUUUAUGGAGGUUCUGUAAAUGGAGCAAACUGCAAGGAGUUGGCAACACAGCCAGAUGUGGAUGGCUUUUUGGUUGGCGGAGCUUCCCUCAAGCCGGAGUUCAUUGACAUUAUCAAAUCAGCUACAGUGAAGAAGAAUGAUUGAGGUCAAGAG